AUGGCACACAGGAACUUUUUCUUCCCAUCCAACACGUCAGAAAUGGAUCAUGACCAAGUUCGGAAUGGUUUCAAUUCCGAUUCUCGCCUUCCUUUGGGUAAAUCCUCUUUUCAUAUCCUUGUCUUCUACUUGGCAAAUGCGCAGUCAUACAGCCAGCUCAUAAUUCUCUUCUUCUGUUUCAGAAAAUGGUUCUUUUGCCUUUCCAGUGGAUAAUCUGGCAAUCAAUCGAAUCAACCCCGUCUCUUAUCCCAGUGUACCACUAAGGUCGAAUGAUUACGCAUCGUCAAGCACGGGAAUUCCACACUACCGACCGGUGACUUCUGGGACCUCCGACCUGCACCAACAGCAACUUUCCACCGCCAGCAGCUCAUCGUUUGUGCCAUCCUCUUACGCCCAUUUGGGGCCCUGCUACAACCACUGCAUCAUCCCUAGCGACGAGGGGAGGAAUCCGAAUCCACCGCCGAUGGAUGAAGGCAGGGUUUUGGCCAAAAGAAAGAGCCCAUCCGUCGCCAUGUUCAAUGACCCAGGGAACACAAAUCGGUACUACAACGGUGGUAACUCUGCCGGCAUAGCCAGCGCCGCCGACCAGCUACAGCAGAAGCCUUUUCCGAGUUCUCAGCAAUGGCAUUGGGACCCAAAUAUCGCCGUUCAUAAUUACAGCGGCAGCAGCAGUCUCCUGGUUCCUGGUGAGGGGUCUCAUGGCAACGUGAGAAGUCGCCAUCCCCACGUACCUCACUUGGACGGCAACCAAGCCGGGGCACCUUGCCACUUCCCUCCUGCCGGGGAUCUUCCCGGCCUCGCCGCGAACCCCCGGUGGUGCCACAACCUCGCCUCGCACGGAUCAUUCGGAAGACCUCCUCCUCCAGGUUCCCACACUCUUCCUCUUUCUGCGUUCAUAUUCUGUGUUCAUGUCGCCGUUCUUUGCCGACGACUGGUUGGGACUCUGCGGCUGCAGGUGGGGCGGCGUCAUGGUUCGGUCACGUCAACCAGAGCUAUCUUGUGAGCUCCACCGCCGGCGUUUCUGCCGAACCAAGCGGGAGUCGCAGACAUGUCGGCGCCCCUGCUCCUCCGGCGAUUGCCCACGCACCGCAGAGCGCGGCUGGCGAAGGCCAGCACAGCUCUCGGCAGAGAAGCGGCGGCCCUUCUCACCGGCCCACACCCUGCUACCCGAAUUCGUCCUUCACCGCGGCGGCCACGGAGGAGGUCCGGCACGCGGGUUCCGGCGCCGCCGCGGCCUUCACAAGACAUCCGAGGUCGCUGUCCAUCAGCGGCGGGCGCAGCGCCGAGAGGAGCGGGAGAGCGAGAUUUCCCUGCGGCAGGUUUCACCCAUACCCAACCGACGACGGGAACCGCAGCCGGUGGGCACCCGAGGUAGGGACCCAUUGCGACCCUUCAAUUUCUCCUCUUUCCUUUUUCUCCUGAUCCGCCACCCCAACUACGUACUCUCCCAGGAGGACUCGACGGCCGAUCGUUCGGCAUACUACGAUUCCGUAAAUCUCUUCGACCAGCACCGAGAUCUGCGACUUGACGUCGACAACAUGAGCUACGAGGUGAGGGCGAUGCUUCUUCUGAUCUGGAUCUGAUGAAAAAAUGCAAAAAAAAAAUCUCAUUCUCUUCCCUUUUUCCAGGAACUGCUUGCCCUGGGGGAGAGGAUCGGAAGCGUGAACACCGGUCUGUCAGAGGAUACCAUUACCAAGUGCCUCAAGAGGACCGUGUACUCCCCCGCCGGUGACCAGGCCCAGGACCUCCAGGUGGGAAGCUGCGUGAUAUGCCUGGUGAGAGGACUCGACCCACCCCCACCUACCCAUCAUCAUCAUCAUCAUCAUCAUCAUUGCCUAAUCUGAGAGAGAAACGGGCUCUUGAGGGGGUUGACCUUUGGAACCUGUGCAGGAGAGGUACGAGGACGAGGACGAGCUGGGGACGCUGGGGUGUGGCCACGACUACCACGCGGACUGCGUGAGGAAGUGGCUGCUGAUGAAGAACGCCUGCCCCAUCUGCAAGGCCCCCGCCCUGGAGGACGAGAAGUCGUCGAGGGGCGGAGAGUAG